AUGCUGGAAGUCCUACUUGUCUUUGUUGGUUCGCUGGCAACAACACAUUCCAAAGCUAUCCACAAGCUGGAUGUGCCGUCAUUUGAUUGGCCAGUUGCUGCGUUCCCCAGACUGCAGUACCCCUUGGAGGAGUUCACACGGGAGAAUGCUCUGGAAGAGGCUCGCUGUCUGGAACAGGUGGAGGAUCUGAUCGAUAAAUGGCGGCAGAAAGGGAAGCCUGUAGCAGGAAUUGUGGUUGAACCAAUCCAGGCUGAAGGCGGGGAUAACCAUGCUUCACCCGUGUUCUUCAGAGGCCUCCGCAAAAUUACCCGCACGCACGGCUGCAGUUUCCACGUGGAUGAAGUCCAGACUGGGGGAGGAGCAACAGGGAAGUUCUGGGCACAUGAACACUGGGACAUGGACGACCCUGCUGACAUCGUUUCUUUCAGCAAAAAGCUGCAGACUGGCGGCUACUACCACAAGGAUGAACUACAGGCGGACAAACCCUACCGGAUCUUUAAUACUUGGAUGGGUGACCCAUCAAAAAACCUGCUCCUGGCUGAGGUCCUCAACGUGAUCCACAGAGAGAACCUGCUGGAGCAGGUGACACGUUCUGGGAAAGCCCUGCUGAAUGGCUUAUAUCAGCUUCAGGCCCAGUACCCCGGCAUGCUGAGCCGGGCCCGAGGGCAGGGAACUUUCUGUGCUGUUGAUAUCCGCGAUGAUGCAACACGUGACAGCAUCCUACUUAAGACCAGAGACAAAGGAGUCAUCCUGGGAGGGUGCGGUGACCGAUCCAUCCGUUUUCGUCCAGCACUGGUUUUUAAAGAAUACCACGUCCAAAUACUUCUCAACAUCCUGAAUGAUGUGUUGGCCAACAUCAAGUAAAUCCUGAACCAGAGGAGAAGCUGAUUUCCUCCAAAAGAGUCUCAGUCAGUCCACAAAGGAAGAGUCUUAUGUUGCGAACAGAAGCCACAGAAGAGAAAUCAGAAUGGUGUCUAAUCUUCAGCAAACAAAAAUCACCACCAUUAUGGAUAAAAUCACAGCCACCAAUCACAAGUUCCCUCUCACAAUGUUUUUAAUAUAAAUCUUUAUUGC